AUGUUAAGCUUGUAUGAAGCUGCACAAUGGAGCACUCAUGGAGAAGACAUUCUAGACGAAGCUCUCGCCUUCUCGAGCUCUCAUUUAAAAGCAAUUGUUUCUCAUUCUAGCCCCCACCUAGCAAUUCGCAUCAAGAAUGCCCUAAAACAUUCUUACCAUAAAGGCAUCUCAAGGAUAGAAACAAGACAAUAUAUUACAUUCUACGAGAAAGAAGAAUCCUGUGACGCAACAUUACUCGAGUUUGCAAAAAUAGAUUUUAAUUUGCUGCAAUUGUUGUACCGCGAGGAGCUUGCUUGCGUAGCAAGGUGGUACAAUGAAAUGGAGAUUAAAUCUAAAGUAACAUACACAAGGCAGAGGAUAACAGAGGCGUACUUGUGGUCACUUGGAGCAUAUUUCGAGCCUCAAUAUUCUCAAGCACGAGUUACAGUAGCUAUUGCACUAAUCUUAUUCACAGCACUUGAUGAUAUGUAUGAUGCGUAUGGCACAAUGGAGGAGCUUGAGCUUUUCACAAAUGCAAUGGAAAAGUGGCUUCCUGCUGCCCCAAACGGGUUACCUGAGAGCAUGAAGCAUAUUUACCGCAUCACGGUAGAUUGCUAUGAUAAACUUGAGGAGAAACUUGAGAAGGAAGGAAGAUCAGGUUGUGGGUUCCAUCUUAAGAAAUCAUUGAAAGCAACAGCGAACGGAUAUAUGCAAGAGGCAAAAUGGUUGAAAAAAAAUUACAUUGCUACAUUUGACGAGUAUAAAGAGAAUGCGAUCUUGUCUUCUGGUUACUAUCCCUUGAUAGCCAUGACAUUUGCGGGAAUGGGAGAUUUCACAAAACUUGAUUCUUUUGAAUGGUUAAGCUCAUACCCUAAAAUUAGGGUAGCUUCUGAGGUAAUCAGUCGAUUCACGGAUGACAUUUCUAGCUACGAGUUUGAACACAAAAGGGAGCAUGUAGCAACGGGUGUUGACUGCUAUAUGGAGCAAUUUGGUGUUUCCAAGGAAAAAGCCAUUGAAGAUAUAGAAAGCAUUGUUUUAGAUGCAUGGAAGGACAUGAACCAAGAGCUAAUGAGGCCUCAAUCAUGUCCUUUCCCUCUUUUGAUGCGAAUUCUUAACCUUUCGCGUGUCAUCGACGUAUUUUAUAGGUACCAAGAUGCUUACACCCACCCUGAGUUCCUGAAAGAGCACAUCGUCUCUUUGUUUAUUGAGAGCAUACCCAUUUGA